AUAAUAGAAAAAAAAAAAACAAAAACAGGCGCAUAUGAUUGGGCAGUAGGAGGAAAUGCUCCGAUGAUGAAUGGAAGAUCUCCAUGAACGAAGAAGAAAAAUGAGCAGUGAAAAAGGCGAGAUGAUUCUUCAUACUAGAAUCAUGAGUUCAUCGGAAGACAAUCUGAAAGGAUUUAUACUCGCUCUUCUUUCAAGUGGUUUUAUCGGCGCUAGCUUCAUCAUUAAGAAGAAAGGCCUCCGCCGAGCUGCUGCCGUCUCCGGUGUUAGGGCUGGUGUUGGGGGGUAUUCGUAUCUGUUGGAGCCUCUGUGGUGGAUUGGUAUGAUCACAAUGAUUAUCGGAGAAGUUGCGAAUUUCGUGGCGUAUGCAUUUGCGCCUGCUGUGCUUGUUACCCCUCUUGGUGCAUUGAGUAUUAUAGUGAGUGCUGUGUUGGCUCAAUUUAUGUUAAACGAGAAGCUGCAUCAACUAGGGAUAUUGGGAUGCGUAAUGUGCAUAGCUGGUUCGAUCAUAAUUGUUAUACACGCACCGCAAGAGCAGCCAAUCUCUUCUGUCCAGGAAAUAUGGAGUAUGGCUACACAGCCAGCCUUUCUUCUUUACGUGGGAUCGGUUAUCAUUUUGGUAUUCAUUCUUGUUUUCCAUUUCGCACCGCAAUGUGGACACACUAAUGUUCUUGUUUUCACCGGCAUAUGUUCGCUGAUGGGUUCUCUCUCGGUUAUGAGUGUGAAAGCUCUAGGAACUUCACUGAAAUUGACUUUUGAGGGGAAGAACCAGUUAAUCUACCCUGAGACCUGGCUUUUUAUGUUCGUUGUCGCAGCUUGUGUCAUUAUGCAAAUGAAUUACCUAAACAAGGCUCUUGAUACCUUCAACACUGCCAUUGUUUCUCCAAUAUACUACGUUCUCUUUACGUCGCUUACAAUACUUGCCAGUGUAAUUAUGUUUAAGGAUUGGGAAGGGCAGAGUGCUGGGAGCAUUGUAUCAGAAAUAUGUGCAUUCAUUGUUGUACUCUCUGGUACCAUAUUGUUGCACGCAACCAAGGAUUUCGACAGAAGUUCGUCUUUUAGAGGUAACUGUACCCCGUUAUCCCCUACAUUAUCAACCCGACUAUGUAACGGGAACGGGGAGAUGCUGCAACACGACGAGCCAUGAGGGUUUUCGGUUUUACUCAACAAGGCUUAAAAAAACGCACUCUCUCUCUCUCUCUACAUGAUUGACUUUCCUUGAAGAGAGAGAAAAUUCCAUCCCUUUUUGAGUUGUGGGGAUAAUAUGAAUACGAAAUUAACAUUAACGGAUUUCUGGAGCAGAAUUAAGAGAAUCUUCGAGGAAUCUCAGAUGAAAAUCCGAUAAAAGGUUACUCACUCGUCUAAUUUUGGCUUCGGGCGAGAUAACAGAAUCUCAGAAAGAGUUUAGCAUGUGAUUGAUCCAUAUUGAACUGAAAAUUCGUCUUGUAGUUUGAUUGAUGUAAAGAUUUUUUGUUUUGGGAUUGUUUUUUGAGAAAAAAAGAAAAGAAAAACAGGAAGCAUGGUUGAUGUUUUGGUGACAAAAUGUUUGUAGCUGUAGUGAUUCUUGGACCUUGGUGCAACAUUUGUAGCUUGAAAUGAAUUGAGUUAUUGAAUUUGAUUUGUACUACA